GACCGCCGCCGCGGGUGGCUCCUCAGAGCACUGCAGUGCGGUGAGCGGUCCUGGGCACGUCGGACUGGAGGAUACCCGCUCCAGCCCCCGCGGGCGCGCCUUGAGCAGCACGAACCCCAUUUCUCUUCCACGGCUGAGGAACGAGCGGAGCCAGCGCAGCCAAGAGCUUGGACUUGCAUAUCAGCAGAAUGGUUUAUUAUGUUCCAUUAUUGGGGAUUUCUUAUUGCUGGUGAUGGGUGAGCGUGAAAAAGCAGAGCUUGACUUGCACAUCACAGGCUCCUCUUUAGCCUACUGUCCUGAAGGCAAGAGCUUCUGGCUUAUAAGGAGUCUCUAUUAACAAUUCAAGUUGGCUGGAGAAUGGAAGGUGUUGAGUUUAAGGAAGAAUGGCAAGAUGAAGAUUUUCCAAGGCCUCUGCCAGAGGAUGAUCCUGUGGAGUCGGAUGUAUUGGCUGCCACUGGAACAGAAAGCGAAGCUGAGGCUAAUGGAACCAAGGUGAGGAAGAAACUGACGGCUCCAGAUAUUAGGUUAACUUUGGAUCAUAGUGAGGAGUCUGUUUUGUCUGAUGACUUGGAUGGGAGUGGAGAGAUUGAUUUGGACAAUUUAGAUACUCCUUCAGAAAAUAGCAAUGAGUUUGAAUGGGAAGAUGACCUUCCAAAACCAAAAACUACUGAUGUCAUUAGGAAAGGAUCACUUACUGAAUAUGCUGCGGCAGAGGAGAAAGAUGAUGGUCGACGCUGGCGAAUGUUUAGAAUUGGUGAACAGGACCACAGGGUGGACAUGAAGGCAAUUGAACCAUACAAAAAAGUUAUCAGUCAUGGUGGCUACUAUGGUGAUGGGUUAAAUGCCAUUGUUGUGUUUGCUGUUUGCUUUAUGCCUGAAAGCAGUCAGCCAAACUAUAGAUACCUAAUGGACAAUCUAUUUAAGUAUGUAAUUGGCACUUUAGAGCUGUUGGUAGCAGAGAACUAUAUGAUAGUUUACCUGAAUGGUGCAACAACACGGAGAAAAAUGCCAAGUUUAGGCUGGCUCAGGAAGUGUUACCAGCAAAUUGAUAGAAGGUUAAGGAAAAAUUUGAAAUCAUUAAUCAUAGUUCAUCCUUCUUGGUUCAUCAGAACACUUCUGGCCAUCACAAAACCCUUUAUUAGCUCAAAAUUCAGCCAAAAAAUUAGGUAUGUCUUUACCCUGGCGGAACUAGCUGAACUCAUCCCCAUGGAAUAUGUCGGCAUCCCAGAAUGCAUAAAACAGUAUGAAGAAGAAAAGUUUAUAAAGAAACAGAAAAGAGUUGACCAAGAGUUGAAUGGAAAACAAGAGCAGAAGAGUGACCAGUAAGUUUGGAGUCCAGCUAAGACUGAAGAAUAUGCAGAUGGAAUGAUGCUAUCUUUGCUCCAUUUACAAUGCAUUCUCUGUGUGUGUAUAUAAUAUAAUCUGUUGCAAAGGGUGCUUAAUUCCUUUGGACUGGCACACAACGGACUGCUUGCUGCUGUAUUGGUCUGUCUUGACUUCAAUAGCUGCGUUUAUGUAUUCAUUUUAUACUGCUAAAUAUCAAAGAACCCUGUGUCUUCAGAGGAUGUUCUUGCAAUUGUUUAUCUAAAUGAUGCAUGUUCUUCAGUAAAAUAUUUAUAUACCUAAAUGUUAAAGAGAUAAUAUAUAUAUAUUUUUAUGACUGAGCAAUAUAUUAUGUGUACCUGCUGAAGGAAUUCAUUUGCAGGUAGACAAGGCCAUAAGUUACUUGUUGUUAUUGUAUAAAGAUGUUUUGCUGUAAAUGGUCAAGUGCAUUUCUUGGUUGUCACAAAACCCUUAAUUUGUUUGGCUAUUAACAAUCACUUAAUGUUGUCUUUCACAA